UGUGCACACAAGCACACCCAUGUGCAUUUAUGUGCAACCCCUCUACCUGUGCUCACCCCCUGUACCUGCUUAUACCCCUUGUACCUGUACUCAAACACCUAUACCUGUGCUCACAUACCCUGUAACUGCUCAUACCACCUAUACCUGUGCUCACACACCUCACAUACCCUGUAACUGCUCAUACCACCUGUACCUGUGCUCACCCUUAUCUACGCAUCCCCUGUACGUGUAUUCACACACCUAUACCUGUUCACACCUGUCCCAGCUCAUACCCUGUACCUGUGCACACCUCCUAUACCUGUGCUCACACCUGUCCCUGCUCAUAUCCUGUACCUGCACACCCCUGUACCUGUACCUGCUGACCCCCUGUACCUGCACACCCCCUGUACCUGUGCUCACACCCCUGUCCCUGCACACCCCCUGUACCUGCUCACACCCCUGUCCCUGCACACCCCUGUACCUGCACACCCCUGUACCUGUGCUCACACCCCUGUACCUGCUCACACACCUAUACCUGUGCUCACGCCUGUCCCUGCUCACACCCCUGUCCCUGCUCAUACCCUGUACCCGUGCUCACACCCCUGUCCCUGCACACCCCUGUCCCUGCACACCCCUGUACCUGCACACCCCCUGUACCUGUGCUCUCACCUGUACCUGCUGACCCCCUCCGAAUCCGGCCGAGCCGAACCGAACCCAGCCGAGCCCAGCCGAACCCAGCCCAGCCGAGACCGGCCUUGCCGAGCCGAGCCGAGCUAA